GUGAGAACAGCAUACAGCAAGCUGGCAUACAAAAUGAGAAGAGGAGUGACUAAAGACCAACCAACAAAACCAAAAACCUCAAAGUUGUUGGUUGACCAACAACAAAAAGAGAAAAAUAUGAACGAAAGGGAAUGGAAGUCUUAUUAUGCUGUGUCAUUGUGUUAGCUGAACUAUCCAAGAAGGUGAAUGAUGCAGCAGGGCAGGCAGGUUGACCAGAGGGAAAGGAAGCACAGUGAGAGACAGGGUGAGGGCAGCAGUCCAGCAGGCAGGGGAGUUUCAGAUGAGCAGAUCCAAGAGGGUGAAUGUAGCAGCAGGGCAGGCAAGGUGACCAGAGAGGGAGAGGAGGCACAGGUGAACAGGCUGGUGUCCUCCAUCCAUGCUGUCAUGGCGACCACGGCAGGAGUCAUCGUUGUGUCAUCGUGCCGGGGCAACGUUAUUAAUGACAGGCACUGGCUGGCCACUUACUUUGUCAUCUGGUACGGUGUGCCCUACAUGACAUACGACAUCUUCGCCAUGUACCUCAGCCACUACCACCGCUUCCGCGUCAAAGGGCACGAGGAGUACAAGCAGCAUUCACUGAGGACCAUAAACUCCUUCGUCCGCAGAGAGUUCCUGCUGGUGCUGCAUCACAUCGCCCUACUCACUAUCCUGCUGCCUGUCACACUGUUCUUCAGAAGGGACCAGGGGGAUUUCUUCAUCGGUUGCUUGUUUCUAACAGAGCUCAGCACACCCUUCGUCUCCUUGGGGAAGAUACUUAUUCAGCUCAGCCUCCAGGACCUCUGGCUGCACAAGGCCAACGGCGGUAUGGUACUACUCACCUUCUUUAUUUGCCGCAUCGCCCUCUUCCCCUACAUGUACUGGAUGUACGGCCACCACUACGGCAUCCCGCUCUACAGCGUGCCCUUCCACCUGCCACUCUCCGCCAACCUGGGCAACUCUUGCAUCCUGGCGCCGCAGGUCUACUGGUUCGUGCUGCUUUGCCGAAAGGGCUACCGUCUGUACCAGCGUAGCCGUAGGCCAGACUCGUCACCUGUGGCUGCCGUCACUGACAAUUCUAAGGAUGAUUGAUAUCCAGUUCACGAAUACUCGCUCAAGCCGCACACUCAGCUACUAACGCAACUACUUCUGCAAAGGCACUAGUUUGACUUAAUACAUUUCAAACCCCACCAUUGUACUGUAGUACACCAGGACUGCCUGCACUCCUUGGCAUUUUCCUCACACUUUAACUCCUCAGUUAGAAAUCUGCUGCCUAAGUGGACCUCUCCACCAAUCCAAUUCUACUACUGAAGUUUGAUGAUUUAGGUUUUUAUUGGGUUUGGCUCUUGCCUGGAUCUUGUUGAAGUGCUACGCUGCGUCUGUCUACAUUUACAGCACUGAGGAAAGAGUGAAAACGUGGAGUAAAAGCACCAGAAACUGAGGAGGCGCUUCCAUGGAAAGAAGUAAUCUUAUCUAUUACUCCUACUGUGUUUACAGCCUCUGCUGAUGUUAAGGGUCUGCUACAGUGUGUGUGUGUGAGUGGCCGUAACAACAGGUUGUAUUUAUUUUUAUGGUUUCGCUGUAAGAGUGAUGUGUCGGAGUUGCGUUCCCACCUCCCGUUCAUUCACUUAUCACGCAGACAUGAAGGGUUAGGGGGUGCAAAUUUAGGUAGUAUUAGAAGGAAAAAAUGUGAGGAACACAUGUGACCUCAUUCACAUUUGACAGCUAAUUUAUAUUUUGUUUGGAAUAGCCUCUUUUGUUUAUACCCAAUCAAUGUGAUAGGUUCUGACUUUUCACCCCUGCUGUUUUUUUUUGUUUUUGUUGUUGUUGUGGUUUCCUAUACAUCAUCAUGUCACCAUGGCAUCAGUUUGCAGCAACAAUCCCACGUUCCUCACCGUGACAUCCAGCACAGUUUUAAGGCCCCGGCUCAUUUAUUCCCAGUAGCCGUCCCCUUCAGUAAGACUUUUCGUAUGCGCAGUGUAUCCCACAGAAUUAAUGCUGCAUCCAUGUUCCAUGGGAAAGAUUGUAAAUACAAGCUUCCUACUUGGAAAUAUUUUUUACUGCCGGUUGAACGUUUUCAGGAAUUCGGUUCGGCAAUAAUUCCCAACGUCUCGAGUUGGAGAAUGGCGGCACCAUCAAACUCAUGCUUCAUUCUCACAAAUUGAAGAUUUCCAUCACAUAAGUCACUUUCAUGGUUGCUCGUCUUGAAGUACACGUCAAGAAAUAAGUACAUGCUGGAUUUUGGUUUCCUGUGACAUGACAUCAACCUAAUCACAUGGCGAAAACUACACACCGCAUUGCUGACAAUGUCUGAAUAAUCACGUAAAGCCGAUAUAAGGCAAUAUAUAGCCCUCUGAUAGAAAAUGUAGUAUAUUUUGACUAAUUCAGAUUCAAAUUUCUGCUGUAUUGUGUCUGUAUCAUUUGCAUGUAUUUACAGAGAAGAGGGCAAGUUUAUUUUUUGCUACUGAGAGACUCAUCUUAUGAAUCCAAAAUCUCUUGUUAGAUGACACUGGAGCGUUGCAGCUGCCGUAGAAAUGUUGCCUUGCUGACAGCCGGAGCUGAUGUGGAGCAGCUAGGGACGACACAGUCACUGAGGGUCACUUACGGUCAAAUGUCCAGUGGAAAGUCUGUCAGAUCUGCCCAUCAGACCUCAGAGGGGGGUGAUAAGAACAUGGUAACACCUAAUGUAGGUUUAGGUCAGAUGAUGCCUGGUUGAUCUCAGGGCCAGGUCAGAGCAAUAACUUACACCGAGGAUUGAAAUUUCAGAGCAAUUCGCCACAAAAAAAAUCAAGUAAAUCAGGAGGUAUUGUUCCUGAAAAGUGUCUGUAACAUUUGUAAGAGAAUGAAUGACAUCCAGUUACUUUUCUUUGAGGCUCUAGAGAUUUAUAUGCACUUGUGUAUGAGGUGUUAACACAGGGCUAUAAUGUUUCUAGAGAUUUACAUCAUAUUAUAGUUUCAUCACAAAAAAUAGUUUUUAAAAUCAUAUCUAAACUGAUAAUCCAGACAUUGUUGCUUGACUUGAGAGGACCAUUUUUAUCAUGCAAAGCUAUAUUUAAUUUCUGUUGGAGUCACAGAUGCAGAAAGACAUUUAUCUUAGAGGCAUUUAUGAGAGAAAAUCAAUGUCACAUGCUUCACUUUUGAAUACAAUUAAACAGAAGCUAUUAUUUUCAAAAAAA